CCGAAGCGACUCUUAUGGAGAAGAAUGCCUGAAUGAAAAAACUUGCAGAAGAUGGUUUGCAACAUUCAAAAAUGGAAAUUUCAGCCUUGAAGAUGAAGACCGAACAGGACGUCCAGUUGAGUUUGAUGAUAUGCUCCUUGUGGCAUCACUUGAAGAAAAUCCUGCAGUAUCAGUUGAAGAAUUGGCAAUGAAGCUUGGUUCAAACCAUACAACUGUUCAUCGUCAUCUUCAACAACUUGGAAAGGUUCCUAAACUUGGAAAAUGGGUGCCUCAUGAAUUGUCUGAAGUGAACCGCAAAUCGCGAGUUGAGAUCUGCUCUUCUUUUCAUUCUUGUAACCUUAUCUCGCCCUUUUUGGAUAGAUUUGUGACUGCUGAUGAAAAAUGGAUUUUUUAUAAAAAUGUUAAACGUCGUAGGCAAUGGCUUAGUAAUGGGGAAAAGGCCCAACCACAACCGAAAAUGGAACUUCAUGCGAAGAAG